AUGGUGGUCAAGGAGGCGAGACCUGUCUGGGCCUCAGCGCGUCCCAACACGCUGGCAGCACCAGUCAACCCGCGGCGACCAGCUGACUACAGCCUCGCCGCCGCCACCACCACCACCCUCCCGGCACCCGCCCACCUGUCAGGGCCACCUGUCAGGGCCACCUGCCAGCCCGUCUACCAGCCCACCUGUCAGGUCACCUGCCAGCCCGUCUACCAGCCCACCUGUCAGGUCACCUGCCAGCCCGUCUACCAGCCCACCUGUCAGGUCACCUGCCAGCCCGUCUACCAGCCCACCUGUCAGCUCACUUGCCAGCCCGUCUACCAGCCCACCUGCCAGCCCACCUGCCAGCCCGUCUACCAGCCCACCUGCUAG